AAAAUGAGCUGUAUUACAUUUGCUGACAUUUACAAUUUACUAUACCAUACUUUAAACACUAUUUAAAUCAGAGAUUAAGCCAUACAGCCAUCCUUAUGACUGAUAUUUUACCAACCAUAACCCAUACAUACACACAAAGGCAUUAGCAUCUAGAGCAGGGUCUAAAACACACACAUACACACACACACACACACACACACACACGCCUUAUCACUGGUAUACGCAGCAGACAAACAGGUCAAUAGGCAUGACUUGCACCAGUAUAAUGGAGAACUCAGGGUCGCAGUCAGAACCAGGAGACAAGAUGUCGUUCGAACACAAUACUUCUCAAGACUUCUACAGAGAUGGGCAUUCAAGCUCUCAUCGCCAAACAUUUGGACAAGGUCUGCUUACAGAGAGAGGUGGAUCUGCAUUUCCACACCAGCGACUGGUUAUACUCAGUCUGAGCAUGCUGAAUGCUGUUCUACUGAUUGCUGCUGUGGUCAUUGGGAUUUACUGUGCUCAAGGCUAUUACCUUCAGGCCCCUAAUUCAGCUGCCACGCCCCUCAUCAUUGAAAUGAACCAUCUCCGCAACCACAGUGAUGUCAUCAGAGCGAAACUGGAGGCCCAGGCAGCAUUAUCAAGAGAGCGCGCCAGCCAUGCAAAACUAAAGCUGCAAGUGAAGCACAGGAUGACUCUCACCGACAGCCUUCAGGGGCGGAUUGAGGCACUAAACACAGACAAGAAGAACCUGCAGUCUAAUAAAACUACUUUAGAGGAAUCAUGUGGCAGAUGCCUUGAAGGAUGGCAUCUUCUCAAAUCAUCCUGCUAUUAUUAUUCUCAUCAUGUGUCCAAAAAGAACUGGCCGGACAGCAGAGCAAACUGUAUUAGCCAAGGGGGCGACCUACUUGUGAUCGAUAACUUUGAGGAGCAGCAACUCAUGAUUAACAACUUUCCAAAAGUGAGAACCAGUGGUAUGUGGUGGGAGAACGGAUUCUGGAUCGGCCUCACUGAUGUAGCGACAGCGGGAACAUGGGUCUGGAUUAACAAUGUGACCGAGGUGGAAACAGCGUACUGGAAAACUGGACAGCCUAGCCGUAGUGGAAUUCAGAGUGGGAACUGUGCGGCUUUUUAUUCUUAUGCUGAUAACAGGCAGACGUUGUACAAUGGCAACUGCGCUGACCAUCUAUUUAACUGGAUAUGUGAGAUGAAGCCAAGAUAAACAUGAAACCUCUCAACAGGAAAUCACAAAAACUCAACAAAUAUUUUGUGUGUGAGCAAAAUCUUUUAAAAAUGCAAACUGCAGCUUGAUUAGCAUUGUAUUAGCAUGUGUGUGAUUAUUUGAGUGAUUAUGUGAGUUUACACCAGGUCACCUGGAAUUGCACUGAGCUUUUAAGACAUUUUUUCUAUUUUUCCCAUUGACUUACAUGGUGAAAGAGCUAUCUAGAAAUCAGUGGAUUUUUAAGUAUCAAGUAGAAGUUGAAGUAUCAACUUCGCAAAAUGACUCGUUUCACUGUCGGGAUUUGAUUCAUUCAGUUUGAUAAUAUUUGGAAAGUCUAAAAGAGCCACGUCCUUGCCUUAUAGUGCUGAAGCAGUGUCAAUCAUCCAGAUAAUUUUAUACACACUCGUUGGAUUUUUAUAGCAUCAUGUGCCACUGAGCAACUUUCAUAGGCAUGAACAGAGCCCCACCUCCAACGCUGCAUCCACCUCUCUUUAUACAUCCAUGGUUUACACCAUAGACGAGGACCACGCCACUUGCAUUGCUUCGUGGCAACUUUUGCAAAAUGACAGGAGGCCAGGGUCCAAUUUCAGAAGCCCCAUACAUGUUUCUAGGAUUUAAGUA